AAGUCUUCAAGACUGGAACCAAAGAUUUCUUUAUUCCUACAUCGGAACCCUAUAUCCCAAAGCAUCCUUUGUUGGAGUCCUCACUUUCAGUCAAAUUAGUGCAACCAAAACGAAACCAAAAAGUUUCUGUUUAUCUACAUCGCUUCUCCAAAGAGGGUUGUUAGUCGCGUGAUUGUGCAACUAGUUUCUGGUGGAUAUCAUUAUUUCUUUUCCAAGACUAGCACAAAUGAAUUCGGAAGCAUUAAAUUAUGCGGAAGAGGGAAAAUAUCCUCCGGGAGGGAAUGGAGACGGAGGAAACUACGAGGGUGAUGAGGAGGUUUUUCUGCAGCAGCCUGAACAGAGGGAGGAGGACGAGGAUCUCGACAUGGACGAGGAUGAGGAAGAUGCGGACACCAGCGGGGAACAGCCGCAAGACUACCAGGAGAACGGCUACGACCAGCUACCGGAGUACAGCCAACAGCUGCACCACCAUCCUCCCCCGCCACAUUUCCAGGGCGGCAACGGAGAUGUGUCUCAGGGGACUCCUGUAGAUGGUUCCGCAGCGCCAGGUCCGGCAGACCCUGUGGAGAUAGUGGUGGAACCUCCUAAUGAUCAGGCGUUUUCUUCGUCGGCCCCGAACACCAGCGGAGAAGCUACCACAACGACAUCUGCGACACACACGACGACGCCUCCAAUAACGCCAGACGGGAAGCCAGAGUCGGCCUCGACCCCAAAGUCUCUCAAAGAACGGAUCAGUGAAAUUCCUGCCCGGCUGUCUAGAUUCUCCCUCCUGAACGCCCUGAGGUCUGGCACCUACGUCGUGAGCGAGCCCAAGGCGAUGAGCGAUACGGACACUGAACCGAGGGGAGUGGCAGGCGAGGACGAGGAGAAGGCAGUGGACAACGGAGGCAUAGUCGACGACAACAACCAGGAAAUCCCACUCACAAAGAUGGACCACGCGGAGACGGACAUGUCACAUUUGAACACCUCCAAGAAGUGUCAUUCAGUGCACAGAUCUGCGUUGACCAAACUUCUGUGCGGAUUGUACGCCCUUCUGCUGGUUGUAUUCGGGAUCGUCUUCUCGGUGGCCAACGCACUGACUGUGAAAGAACGUCAACACCUGUAUUACUUAGAGGUGUUUCUCAUCUACCUGUACCUGGGAUCCCUGGUGGUCCUCAUCUACUUCCAGUUCUACAUUCUGAGAGGGGUCAGAGUCCGGAACAACUACUUUGACAACAACAUUCGUGUGGUCAUCCGGAGAGAUCAGGACAAUCUUCAGUUGACUCCGUCACCUACCAGAAAGCAAGAUGGCGAACACCAGCACAUCAUCAUUGAUGGUGAGGAGACGUUUGAUUCCAGGAAAGAGCCAAUGGACCAGAUGUCCACCUUGUCCACUAGAUCCCAGAUGGCAGUGCCAGCUGAUGGCUCGGUGGCUCAUGUUGGUGAAGGCAUCAACUUCUACCUGCGUCUUGGUGCACUAGCCUUCUCUAUAGGAAGUGUCACUCUGGAUGGAUUUCAUGUUGCUUCCUACUUUGAAACAGAGAACACUACAACCUGUGAGAGCUACAUCUUCACGGUGGUGUAUCUCCUCCACUUGAUCUUCACCUUCAUACAGACAUUCUUUCUGUUCAAGAAUCACAAGUUGGUGAUUGACAAAAACAAGGCAUCAGUUAGAUUUGGACUUAUGCACCUGCUUGCUACCAAUCUAGCUGUUUGGUUUGUCACCGCUAUCACUGAGACUGCUGAAGACUUCAAACAACAGAGUUACUUUGCUUCCAGAAGUGUGAACACAACCAUUGAAGGAAUAAACAAAAGCUGUUAUGAGGACAUAACUCUAGCCAGAACUGCUUCACCCUAUUUGUUCCCCUGCACAAUUAUCUACAGCAUCAUAGCUGCUGGUAUUGUCUAUCGCAUGUAUCAGUACGUUGGAGUCAAGGUCACUCAGCGUUGGCCAAGCCACACAUCACUCACCUCCAGUGUUCCUGCUGGUGCUGUAGGAAUGGAUUGUGAGAAGGCUAACAAAGGCUUAUUUACUGGUCUCUUAGUAGCUGUAGUCACCCUGAUCGCCAUUGCCACAUUUUUUGUGUUUGAAAGCCGACUCAACCAUCCUCAUACUGCUAUAAAGAUUUUCUUCAUCAUGGAAAUAUCAUUGAUCAUAAUCACUGGAAGCUGCAUUAUAUUUGGAAUGCUUCGCUUUGUCCAACUUAAGUUCCUCGAAAAUUAUCUGUCCUUGGAUGCUGUUCUUCUGGUCAUUUCCCUUGGAGGAGCCUACGUCUAUCUGUGUUUCAUGUUAAUUUCUUCUGCCUCUAUGGUUGAGAAUCAUGGCGUCAUCAGUAUUUUGUCACUGGCUGUCAUUUGUGUUGGAAUUUUGGAAUCUACUUUGCAGGCCAUCUUCAUCCUUGAUGGACUCUGUCGCAGAGCUGAGAAUGACCUUCAGGUAGAAAGCAAGCCUGGCAGGGCAGUAGUCACUUUCCUCUUGGUUUGUAAUCUUGCUCUCUGGGUGGUCAGUAUGUUUGAGAUCAAGAAGACCAUGGUUGUGCCAUUCCACCUAGAGUUUUAUGGUAUCCUGCCCUGGAAUAUCAUGCUCCAUCUCUGUGUGCCUCUCUUUAUUUACUUCCGUUUCCAUUCGGCCAUCUGCUUGUCAAAAAUCUGGUACCAUGCCUAUCAGAAGGAGCGCAACCCAUGACUAACAAAUGUUUAUACCAAGAAAGACGGAUGGCUGCCUUUCUUAGAGUAAUGGCCAGUCUCGCUUUUUUUUUGUCAUUUACUAAGCAGUUAUAGUUCAUUUCUAAAAAAUGUAAAAACAAAAAUAGGAGUGAAGCUAAUAAUAUGUAGGCCUACAAGUUAAAGAGAGAACUUUAAUUUUAUAAAUACAGGAGUAAUAUUGACUUGAUUAUUUCACAGUCAUAAAAGACAUGCAUCAGAAGUUUGAAAUUGUUGAAUUGAUAUUAGCAUUUCCAUGUAUUAAGGCAAAAAUGAUCUACAAUUCAUGAGAAACCAAAUUUAAAACAAAAAAAAAAUAUUUGUCAUUAAAACCUCAUCAUAGAAAUACAGCUAAGAUUGUCCAGUUUGUUUUUUAUCUCCAUAACUUUAAAAAGUGACUAAGAUCUAAUAAAUUGAUCAGUUAUACUAAAUAAUCUCCAUAACUUUAAAAAGUGACUAAGAUCUUAAUAAAUUGAUUAGUUUUUCUUUAGAAAGUGACAUCUUCUAGUAAAUGAACUGACCUUAAGAUAAAUGAUGUUCUCUAUUACUUUUUAGUCUUCAUAAUGUACCUUUUUACUACCUUUAAGAUAUGAAUUUUUUUUUAAAGCAUCAAAGUACAAAAAAAAAAAAUUAUUAUGACAGAAACAUUUUGUUAUAGAAUUUUUACAAGUCAAAGCUCAAUCAAUGUUAUUCAAAUUUUUUUUACAAGGCAGCAAAGAAAAGCUAUACUUAAAAAUACUCCAUAGACUAGGAUUUAGUGAUUUUUUUUUUCGUUUUUAUUCUCGGAUGAUAUAUACAUUUUUAAUGUAACUAUUUUUUGUUUUAACUACUGAGUAGGAGUAAAUAUUUGUUUUGUUUUAUACAUUUCCUUCAGAAAUGAAGAUUAUCAUGUCUGAGCCCAACCCUUUUGCAGGACUAAAUUUGGGCUCAUGGUAAUAACAGUCUGAAGGGCAUACCACAUGACCAGUGUCGUAGUAUUAUAGUUGUAAAUACUUGUUUUGUUUUUAUUCUUAAUUCCCUUGCUGGAAAAAAAUAAUGUAAUUGACAUAAUUCUUUGCGAAGUUUUUAAAGGUUGAAAGGAAAACUUUUUCAUUUACAAUAUUUAUCAUUUUAAUAUAGGUUGUUGAUUUUAUGCAUAUUGUGUAAUUAUAUUUUUGCAUUUUCUUUUGUUGUUUCUCUUUCCUACAGUUAGUGGAUUCAUUGCUUUUCCUUGUCUAACUUUUACAGGCCCAUUGUGCAAUUCUUUCACAUUUUGUUUCAUAUCUCUGUUUAUAGACAUCUAACUUAAUCUUAUAGAUGCUGCAACCAUUCUCAACAACCAGCCUUUAAUUGUUUGUUUUUUUUUCGCUGUUUUUAGAUAAAGUAAUGACUUAUUUAAAAGGAAAAAAAGUAUUAUAGUACAAAUAAAGGCUAGGACCAAGAAAUACACUGAGAAUGGUUAUCUUAACUACAAAAGUAUGGUAUUUAAAUUUUUUUUUACUAAUCAUUUGUUUUAUGUGCAAGUGAUAGCAUUUUAUUUUUAAUUCAUUCAAACUUAAAUAUCUUCAUGUUCUCGACCAAGCUCAUCAAAACUGAAGGUGUCAAAACCAUAACUGUUUUAAAAGCUCAGAUUUGUUUUCAGAAACAAAAUAUUUAUAUUUUAUGCUCCACUUUGGAAGUGUUUAACAUACAAUGUCCAAAAAACCCUGGGAUGCUUUUUUUUUUUGGUUCAAAUGUUUUGUACAAUAUCUAUUUUUGUAUCAACAUAAAUGGUGCUAUAUAUUUAAAAAUGGUUUUGUUUGUACAUAUAUUUUUCAUAUUUUCUUCAAGGACUGGACAGACCUGACAACUCUAAGCUCAAUGAAAGCAAAAUUCGAGCCUAUAUCUCUUUUUACUGGGACUUGAGGAUUUUUUUUUUCAUAAAAAUCUGUCUCCAGCAGUGUCAUCAGCCUAUCCUCAGCUGGUGACAGUGCUCUUCCGUGAAGAUAGAAGUGCACAUUAAUUUAUAUAGAUGCAAUCAUAAUAAUUAAAUAAAUAAUUAUUUUUUUAUACUUCAUGAAUAAUGCAGUGAGCAAAGUGAUUUUGUAAACUUACUUCAGUAACAAAAGAUUUUGUUUUAAACUGGUUCUGACUAGAUCAAGACAAAUAAAUGCAUUUGUGUGUAAUAUGUAAACUAUGUACAAAGGUUGUGUUUGAUAAAAUUGUAUUAUGUCACAUUUUAUUUUAUUGACAUCACAAAUAUCUCCCAAGUGUGAAAUCAAGUUCAUGUACUCUACGAGCUUUUGUCUCUCAUGGGUAUGUUGGUUUGUUUUUUUUUGUUGUUGCUUUUUGUAAUUUUGCUUUUUUUUUUAUGAAGCAUAAUUUUUUUGUACAAAUUCCAAGACAGUCAAUUUUUUAAGUUAGCAAUAGCUACAUUAUACACUGCGUGGCAAACUUCAAAAUUAUAUAAACUACCUCAACCUAUUUUAAAUAUUCAAGAGACUAUUUUGGUUGGCACCAGUGAUCAUAUUCAUUUCAAAUGGCAUUUUUUUUUUCAGUUCUUUCACUUCAUAAGAUUAUAGAUGACUGAUCACCAUUUCAGAAAUACAAGAAAAAAAAACAUCAAAACUUGAAUGAAACAAAUUUUAUUGUACAUAAAUAACAUAUUUUGACCAUAGCUAACUAUAACAAUAAGGCACAAAAUACAAAUGGAGAAUCCCUGCGGUAAUGAAGCAAAAAUAAAGAAUUGAGAGUACAGUUAAUGGUCUCAUUGAAAUUCUGUUUAUAAUGUUCAAAACUAUGUUCAGACAAUAUAAACAAUAUUAUGCAAUAUUUUGAAGUUUCAUCCGUUUGUCAAGUGUGGAAAUGUUUAGCAAUGUCAGAAAAUGCUUUUCAUUUUUUGGGGGGCUGAUGCAGUAAAUUGAGAGAGUCAAGAUAAUAUUAACUUAGGAGGCAAUAAGCAUACAGAUAUAUCACAUGCAUUUUAAGUGAUCUUUACGUCUAGUUCUGUUUGAGUCUAGGAAUGGAAUUAUUUGUUGACAUUUCAUCAGGUGGCUGAGACCACCAAGCUUAAAAGAUACCCGAAACCGUCACUGUACUGGUCACAAAAGUGUAGCAAGUGGCAAGCCACAAAAACUGGUUAUUUUUUUAUCUCAAGGGAAUUUUGUUUAUAGAAAGACAAGGUCAAAAGAAAAGAAUUAUUAAGAAACUAAUUAUCACAAAUAUGUAGGUAACACAAAAUCACAUGAAUAAAUCUGUUAAAAUCCAAUCAGAUAAUCUUAUAAAUGCAAAAUUUAAAGACCUUAAGAUACAAGUUCAAUAAAUGUAAAAAAAAAAAAAAAAAAAAAAAAGGUCAGUGAAUAUCCUGCUAAAACUUGUACAACGUUUUGCUUUUCCAUGCCAAUAUUCAAUCAGUUAGCCUGAGUAAUAAAACAAGUAUGUAGAAAAUAAAUAACAUAGUGUAUCCUUUUUUUUAUAGUUUUCAAUGUCAUGAAGUCAAGCAUUAUAUCACCACCUAUGAUAUUAUAAUAUGCAACAAGUUUGACCAUUUGAUUAAGUUUGUGUAAAGUUUCUUGCUUGAUUUGAUUGAUUUGUUUUUUUUUCAUGUUUGAUCAUUGUAGUUGGCAAUUGAUUUUUAUACCAAUAAAGUGUAUUUCACCAGA